AUGACGACUCGCCAGCGCAAAAAGUCGACGCCAGAUACCAUCGCUGAGAAGGUCAUCAAAGCAGAGGGGAAGGUCAAGGAUGCCUUGGUUGUGCUCUGGGACGACCUCCCAAGCUGGCAGCAAGACAAUCACUAUAUCAUCUCCGGAUAUCGUCCAGCAUCAGAGUCUUUCUCCAAAUCAUUCGGGAGUCUUAACUAUCUUCACAACGAAUCCGUGAAUAUAUUCUCCCAUCUGAUACCCUCCAUCGGGUCAGUGGUCUUGGCAAUUGCCCUGUACAGAGUUGUGGUGCCUCGAUAUGAGUCUAUCACUCAAGGCGACAUUCUCGCAUUUGCCUGCUUUUUCGCAGGGGCAGCGUUCUGCCUGGGGAUGUCGGCGACCUAUCACACCAUCUCAAACCACUCUCAUAUCGUGGCAAGAUUUGGAAACAAGUUGGACUAUGUAGGAAUCGUAUUCCUGAUCACCGGCAGCUUCAUCCCAAGUGUUUACUAUGGCUUUUACUGCCACCCCAAUUUGCAGCGGACUUAUUGGACAAUGAUAUGCACUUUAGGGCUUGGCUGUGCGACGGUUUCUAUAUUCGAAAAUUUCCGCACCCCAGCAUGGCGCCCGUAUCGAGCUGCCAUGUUCGUUGCCAUGGGUUUGUCUGCCAUCUUCCCCGUGCUUCACGGCGUGCAAGUCUAUGGCAUACAAGACAUGCGGGACCGAAUUGGUCUUAUUUGGCUUCUUACCCAAGGCGCAUUAUAUAUUUUAGGGGCGGGAAUCUAUGCUGCACGAUGGCCGGAACGAGGGGCACCUGGAAAAUAUGAUAUUUGGGGAAGUUCGCAUCAAAUAUUCCACAUAUUGGUAGUUUUGGCGGCAGUAACGCAUUUUUACGGCCUGGUAGUUGCGUUUGACUUCCACCACGGGGCAAACGCGGCAGCGUGUUGA